AUGCAGCCGAGCAGUGGGGAGGAUGACGUGACACCUGAACGAAAGAUGAGCGUGGACCGGACCAGCGAGGGCGAGGACUACGGUGACGGGGUGCAAGGCAGGACAAUGGACACAGCAUCGGACGUCGUGUCAGGACGAAGCAGAAGGGCAACAACAAAGUUGGCACCAAAGACGGGGGCGAGCAGUAAGAGGCAAAGGAAGCCCAACCCGUUUGCCCCGUCAAUCGCAGAGACCCCAACAACGACAUCGACGACACCACCACCAUCAACACCAACAACAACGAUGGAGACGAGGAAAACAGCGACAACGAAGACGAGGGCAACAGCAGCACCCACGCCGUCGCCGUCAAGAUCGCAGACACAGACACCUUCCAACAGGUCUGGGGUGGCAUCAACAACGCCAGAGACGCAGACGCCAAGCAUCCAUCCACUGCACGUGACACUGUGCAGCCUGACGUUUGCCUCCCUCGCCUUUAACAGCUUCCGCAACACUGCAGACGAAGCCCGUGAUCGUGGCGUGAGGCAUGGGCUGCUCUUGGGCCGGUUCACAAGGGAGACGGUGACCAGUAAGGACGAUGACCGGGAGCACGUGUCGGAGGAAAGGCGCGCCUGUGUCGUAACCGGUGCGCGGCCGCUUCCACUGUCCAUCCUCGACAUCAUGCAGUCGCGCGGUGAUGCCCUGACCCACGCCAUCUCGGGCGACCGUGACCAGGUGGUUGGCUGGUUCUCCACACGUACAUGUGAUGGCAUCACACCAACGCUUCACGACAAGUGGCUGCACCGCCUCGUCUCCACCACAUUCAACCCAGAGACCUGCGUUGGCUGUGUGCUGCGCAUGGCACCGGACAGAACCACGACCGCCAAGACCACGUGCAGCUUCUAUCGUCACAUCAAUGGGACAUUCAGUCGCGUCACCCACGAACUGCGCGUGCGCCACGUCCAGCCAUACCCACCAACCACGUCAUCACUGGGACGUGGGUCUGGCACACUGGACUUCUUGCAGCCGUCGCUCCAGCGCUGGUCGCUGGAUGCAGAUGUGGCGGCGAUGGAGGCCGCGGUUACAGAGGCCAUUCAGAAGCUGCUACAGCUGGAGGAAAAGUUGGCUGCGACUGCGAUUGCUGCUGCUGUUGCUGCAUCACACAACACCCCAGACCUCAUGUGA